ACCUACUGGAACUGUGGUCAUCUACUGAAACUGUGGCCACCUACUGAAACUGUUCCCACCUGAAACUGUUUCCACUUACUGAAACUGUUACCACCUACUGGAACUGCGGCCACCUAUUGAAACUGGCCACCUACUGAAAUUGUGGCCACCUACUGAAUCUCUGGCCACCUAAUUAAUCUGCGGUCACCUACUGAAACUGUGGCCACCUACUGAAACUAUGACCACCUACUGAAACUGUGGCCACCUACUGAAACUGUGGUCAUCUACUGAAACUGUGGUCACCUACUGAAACUGCUGUCACCUGAAACUGUUACCACCUACUGAAACUGCGACUAUCUACUGAAACUGUGGCCACCUACUGAAACUAUUACCACCUACUGAAGCUGUGGCCACAUAGUGAAACUGUGGCCACCUACUGAAACUGCGGCCACCUAUUGGAACUGGCCACCUACUGAAACUGUGGCCACCUACUGAAUCUCUGGCCACCUGCUGAAACUGUGGUCACCUGCUGAAACUGUGGCCACCUAAUGAAUCUGUGGCCACCCACUGAAACUAUGGCCACCUACUGAAACUAUGACCACCUACUGAAACUGUGGCCACCUGCUGGAACUAUUACCACCUGAAACUGUGGCCACCUACUGAAACUAUGACCACCUACUGAAACUGUGGCCACCUGCUGAAACUAUUACCACCUACUGAAACUGUGGCCACCUACUGAAACUGUGGCCACCUACUGAAACUAUUACCACCUACUGAAACUGUGGCCACCUACUGAAACUAUGACCACCUACUAAAACUCUGGCCACCUGCUGAAACUAUUACCACCUACUGAAACUGUGGCCACCUACUGAAACUAUUACCACCUACUGAAACUGUGGCCACCUACUGAAACUAUUACCACCUACUGAAACUGUGGCCACCUACUGAAACUAUGACCACCUACUAAAACUGUGGCCACCUGCUGAAAAUAUUACCACCUACUGAAACUGUGGCCACCUACUGAAACUGUGGCCACCUUCUGAAACUGUGGCCACCUACUGAAACUGUGGCCACCUGCUGGAACUGUGGUUACUUACUGAAACUAUUACCACCUACUGAAACUGUGGCCACCUGCUGGAACUGUGGUCACUUACUGAAACUAUUACCACCUACUGAAACUGUGGCCACCUGCUGGAAUUGUGGUCACCUAUUGAAACUGGCCACCUACUGAAACUGUGGCCACCUAUUAAAAUUGUGGCCGCCUACUGAAUCUGUGGCCACCUACUGAAACUGUGGACACCUACUGAAUCUGUGGCUACCUACUGCUAGUGUCUGCCUGCCCACCUAAUCCCACCAUCUGUCUAUUAAUCUACUGCCACUGUAUACCUUAUCUACUUCCACUGUCUACCAGUUAUCUACUGCACAUGUCUACCAGUUAUCUACUGCCACUGUCUACUAGUUAUUUACCGCCAAUGUCUACCAGUUAUCUACUGCCACUGUCUAUCAGUUGCCUACUUCUUCUGUCUACUAGUUAUCUACUGCCACUGUCUGCCAAUUGUCUACUGCUCACUGUCUACCUGAUUAUCUACUGUCACUCUUCGAAAGCCUGUGUUCGGUGACGUGUAUUGGGUCUAGAACCAGUGUUCGGAACGUUGCAAGAGACUUCCUGUCUUACCUAACUCAGGCUGGAUGUGUUUGAAAGAGCCAUACCAAAUUUCUAACUUACACUCACUUUCGAACAAUUGGUUUAAUUGAGAGAGGGGAAAAAAUGUUGGAAAUACAAUUUCGUUAUAAGGUGGCUCGCUCGGUUCACAAGCGAAAGGACCCAGGUUCGAUCCCUGGGCGAGGUGAGACGUAUGGUCAAGUCACCUUACACCUGUUGCCUCUGUUCACCUAACAGUAAGCCGGUACCUGGGUGUUAGGUGACUGUUGUGGGUGGUGUCUUAGGGAAGAACCUAAGUACCAUAGCUGAUGUAAGCCGCUUUGGCUUUUAUUUGGGUUGGCUUAUUAACCUGAAAGCUUAGAGAGUGAGCCAGUAGGCAGCUAUGUCGGGCGGGUUGAGGUGGUGGGUUGAUGUGCUGGUGGUGGGUUGAUAGAUGUCAUGUACCGUCGGUACCUUCAGGAUCUGAGUGGCGGCCCACCUACCACCCACCUUCAGGAGGCUCCUGAAGGGGUUUUCACUGAGACGCAUAAUAUUGUGGGGGACGCCCAUUUGAAAGCUGCCCGCGCAGGCGCCGCCCAUAGGGAACAAUUGAGUAACUCUCGGGUUGACUGUGUUGCAGUCACUCUGUCUUCGGGAGUGGACUUCGACAGUCGUAGAAGCCUAGCAGUCGAAGCGGGCAAUAUUGUGACAGUCGAAGUCAUUAAGACCAAGUCAGUCGAAGUGGACAAUAAUGCGUCAGUCGAAGUCCCUAUGAGCCAGUCAUUCGAGGUCUUCAGAAAUCAGCCAGUUAAAGUCAUUGAGGCGCAGUCAGUCGAACUCUCCAAGAAGGAUGCUGGUGUCAGCCCAAUGCUUGUGCAACCCGCUGCUGACAUCAGCAGCAGCAACAUUUUGGAGAUGUCAGCAGCAUCACAGUCUGUCAGCAACGACUCUGGUGUCGUUACUUCUCCUGGUGAGAAUAGCCAUAACAAUUCUUCCAUUAACCCGUCAGCAGUUGAGUCCAGCAACUGCGGUAGUAGUUCUGCCGUUGGGCGUUCUUCGUCAACGGAACAUUCUCCGUUGGUCAAUUCCUCCAGUAACGGAUCCAUCGGCAAUCAAUCCCCAUCGAUCAAAUCCCGUGGGUCUGCCUUCAGCCUCAAUCCCAUGGCUAAAUCCACUGGCCACUUUUCCUUCAGUUCAUCCGCUAGGUGCGAUGGGCGCAGAAAACGUCAUCCUUACUCUGAAAACAUCGAACUGGAGGACUUCAUGUCUCCCUCCAACACUCCGGAGUUCAGACGUCGACCCGCUGAAGAGUUCAGGCCUCCCGGGCAUCAGAGAACUUCAAAGAGAGUCUUGCAAUCGGCCCCGAAAGGAAGUGAUGUUGCAAUGGAUGAGUUUGGGUCCCUGGGACUUCAAGGGACCUCGAAGACUGUCAGGCGACAGGCAUCGAAUAGCUUUGACUUCGCAAUGGACGAACAGGAAUCCAAAUCUCCAGAAUUCAGAGGGACCUCUAAGACUGUCCAGCGACAAGCCCGGAACAGCAUUGAUUUUGCAAUGGCCGAACCGGAGAUCGGAUCACUGGGACAUCAGAGGACUUCAAAGACUAGUCAGCAACCAGCCCUGAAGAAAACUGACCUCACGACGAACCAGCCUGAAUUCAGCACCUCAGGACUUCGAAGGACCUCAAAGACUUCCUGGGACACUGACUCCUCUCCCAGUCUCUCCAACGAUGAGGUUAUAGUGUCACGACCGGUUGUAGAAGCUUCAAGGGCCAAGUCUCCACUAUACCCUGCGACCUCAGACAACCUCAUAACUUCCAAGCUGACGCACAAGACGCAGAAGCAGACACAGAAGAAGACGCAGAAGAAGCACGAACUUUCAUCCACCAGGUCCCUCAUCAACGUACUGCCCUUUCGUAAGACCACUCGGACCAGUGGGGGUCUGGGAACCCUCCAGAGGGAGGAACCCAAGGGUUACCUCAAGGGGACCCCAUCCCACGUCCAUCAUCCAGAUUUUCCAGUAACCUCCAGGGGGAAGUAACGCCCUGGGGGCGGUGCCCUCUGCCUCCAACCAAAU